GCGUGGCAUGCGCCCUACUACACCCUUACCGUAACCAUUAUCUCAAAUGGCAGUGGUGGCGAGGCUCAAACUUCUUUCACUCCCAUCUUCUCUUCCCUCUCUUCAUUUCCCCUCAUUGGCAUUCCCAUCUUCUGCAGCAAUAUUUGCAUCUCAAUCCAUCAACACCAACCCAAAUUUCAAACUCAGAAUGGCUUCUUCUUCUUCUUCUUACGGCAAAGUUAUCGAUUCACAUCUCCAUGUCUGGGCAUCUCCUGAAGAGGCUGCUGCAAAAUACCCUUACUUUCCUGGCCAAGAACCCACCUUGACUGGGCAUGUUGAUUUCUUGCUUCAGUCUAUGGAAGAAGCAGGAGUAGAUGGUGCACUUAUUGUCCAGCCAAUCAACCACAAAUUUGAUCACUCUUAUGUGACCAGUGUAUUAAAUAAAUAUCCAAACAAAUUCGUUGGUUGUUGCCUAGCAAAUCCAGCCAAUGAUGGAAGUGGAAUUCAGCAACUCGAACAUCUUGUAACAAAGGAUGGAUACUCCGCUGUUCGCUUUAAUCCGUACUUAUGGCCGUCAGGUCAAAAGAUGACAAAUGAGGUGGGGAAAGCAUUAUUCUCUACAGCAGGAAAACUUGGGAUUCCUGUGGGUUUCAUGUGCAUGAAGGGGCUAAGCCUUCAUGUUGAAGAGAUAAAAGAGCUUUGUACAGAGUUCCCUUCAACCACUGUACUGCUUGAUCAUUUGGGUUUUUGCAAACCCCCAGAAAAUGAAGAAGACAGUCUUGCACUGGCCCACCUUUUGGAGCUAGCAAGUUUUCCUCAGAUAUAUGUGAAAUUCAGUGCUCUAUUUAGGGUGUCAAGAAGGCCAUUUCCAUACUUGGAUUUGUCCCGCCUCCUCUCUCAGAUUGUAUCCAGCUUUGGAGCAAACCGCAUCAUGUGGGGAAGUGACUUCCCAUUCGUUGUUCUUGAAUGCGGAUAUAAAGGAGCAAUUGAUGCAGUAACAUUAAUAGCCAAUGAAAUAUCUCUUUCUUCUGGCGAGUUGGAGUGGAUUAAAGGCAAAACUGUGGCUCAUCUGUUCCAAAGUCGAUGGAUAUCUUCUUAAUCUAUGUUCGAGCUCUCUAAACUAGGUUAAGCCUGGUCUUCUUGGAUUUCAUAUCUGGAUUUCCCAGCAUCUUCAUAAUAGAGCAGAGUUGUAGGACAUUUGUGUUUGCCACAUAAAAAUUCUUCUACCCCAUUUUAACAAUUUCGAAGUCCACAUUUUAGAAAACAAUCCAAUUACCUUUUCCAAUUUCAUUGCAACUGUUAUAUAAACAAAAUUACACCCACUUAAAUCGAUUUGGCCUAAAUCUUUGAUUUUCUUGUAUGAGAAUUCUAUUAACUUAUAAACUC